GGAAGUGCAGGGGUGGCUGGCAACUGGGUGACUGCUUUGAGAAACCGGCUUGUGAGGAGCGGCGGGAAAGGCGCGUGUCGGUUUCUCACUGGCGCAGCCUCCGCCGAGGUCGCCGCUGUCCCGCCCUGCCCGGGCGUCGUUGCUGGCACUAGAGUGGAUGAAGCGCAGCCCGGGCAUGGGCAGCCGGGGGGAUGCGAAAGCCGCGGGUGCCUCAGCUGCGCGGCGGGUGACAGGGCUCUGUUACAACAUGGGACUUGUGAUUGCGCUGGCUUCACUGUGCCUGUUUUCCUUAGCAGAGGCCAAUUCAAAAGCCAUUACAACCUCUCUUACCACGAAGUGGUUUUCUUCUCCACUACUAUUGGAAGCCAGUGAGUUCUUAGCAGAAGACAGUCAAGAGAAAUUUUGGAGUUUUGUAGAAGCCAGUCAAAAUAUUGGAUCAUCAGAUCAUCACGAUACUGAUCAUUCCUAUUAUGAUGCGAUAUUGGAAGCUGCGUUUCAGUUUCUGUCUCCUUUGCAGCAGAAUUUGUUGAAAUUUUGUCUCUCUCUUCGUUCCUACUCGGCCUCAAUUCAAGCCUUCCAACAGAUAGCAGUUGAUGAGCCUCCACCAGAAGGAUGUAAGUCGUUCUUCUCAGUACAUGGGGAGCAGACCUGUGAUUUUGAUACUCUGGAAACCCUUUUACUAACUGCGCCCGACAGGCCUAAACCUUUAUUGUUCAAAGGAGAUCACAGAUAUCCUUCAUCAAAUCCUGAAAGUCCAGUGGUGAUUUUUUACUCUGAGAUUGGCCAUGAAGAAUUUUCUAAUAUUCACCACCAACUUAAAUCAAAAAGCAAGGAAGGCAAAAUUAAUUAUGUAUUCAGACAUUAUAUAUCUAAUCCCAGGAAGGAGCCAGUUCACCUUUCUGGCUAUGGUGUGGAACUGGCAAUUAAGAGCACGGAGUACAAGGCCAAGGAUGAUACUCAGGUGAAAGGAACUGACGUGAAUACCACAGUCAUUGGUGAAAAUGAUCCCAUUGAUGAAGUUCAGGGCUUUCUCUUUGGAAAAUUAAGAGAACUGUAUCCCACCUUGGAAGGACAAUUGAAAGAAUUCCGAAAGCAUCUUGUGGAGAGCACCAAUGAAAUGGCACCCUUGAAAGUUUGGCAGCUGCAAGAUCUCAGUUUCCAGACUGCUGCCCGCAUCCUGGCUGCUCCUGUGGAGUUAGCUUUGGUGGUGAUGAAGGAUAUUAGUCAGAAUUUUCCUACCAAAGCCAGAGCAAUAACAAAAACAGCUGUGAGUUCACAACUUCGAACGGAAGUGGAAGAGAACCAGAAGUAUUUCAAGGGAACUAUAGGAUUGCAGCCUGGAGAUUCAGCUCUCUUCAUCAAUGGACUUCAUAUUGAUUUAGAUACCCAGGAUAUAUUCAGUCUGUUUGAUACAUUGAGGAAUGAAGCCCGGGUAAUGGAGGGUCUGCACAGCCUAGGAAUAGAAGGCCUCUCUCUACAUAAUAUUUUGAAGCUCAACAUCCAGCCCUCUGAGACUGACUAUGCAGUAGACAUCAGGAGUCCUGCUAUUUCAUGGGUGAACAACCUAGAGGUUGAUAGCCGAUACAAUUCAUGGCCGUCUAGUUUACAAGAGUUACUUCGACCCACCUUUCCUGGUGUUAUACGGCAGAUCAGGAAAAACUUGCAUAACAUGGUUUUUAUUGUUGAUCCUGUACAUGAGACCACAGCUGAGUUGAUUAGCAUAGCUGAGAUGUUCCUCAGCAAUCACAUACCAUUAAGGAUUGGUUUUAUCUUUGUGGUCAAUGACUCGGAAGAUGUUGAUGGGAUGCAAGACGCUGGAGUCGCUGUUCUGAGAGCGUAUAAUUAUGUUGUCCAAGAAGUGGAUGGUUAUCACGCCUUCCAGACUCUCACACACAUCUAUAACAAGGUAAGGACUGGAGAAAAAGUGAAAGUUGAACACGUGGUCAGUGUCUUGCAGAAGAAAUACCCAUACGUCGAAGUGAAUAGCAUUCUGGGCAUUGAUUCUGCUUACGAUCAGAACCGGAAGGAAGCGAGAGGCUACUAUGAGCAGACUGGUGUUGGUCCCCUGCCUGUUGUCUUGUUCAAUGGCAUGCCCUUUGAAAAGGAACAGCUAGAUCCUGAUGAGCUGGAAACCAUUACAAUGCACAAGAUCUUGGAGACCACUACCUUCUUCCAGAGGGCGGUGUAUUUGGGUGAACUGCCACAUGAUCAAGACGUAGUAGAGUAUAUUAUGAGUCAGCCAAAUGUUGUUCCACGGAUCAAUUCUAGGAUUUUGACUGCUAAGCGAGAAUAUCUGGACCUAACGGCAAGCAAUAACUUUUUUGUGGAUGAUUUUGCCAGAUUUUCUUCCUUGGACUCUAGAGGCAAGACUGCUGCUAUAGCCAACAGUAUGAACUAUCUGACAAAAAAAGGAAUGUCCUCCAAGGAAAUCUAUGAUGAUUCCUUUAUUAGGCCAGUGACUUUUUGGAUUGUUGGGGAUUUUGAUAGCCCUUCUGGACGGCAGUUGUUAUAUGAUGCCAUUAAACAUCAGAAAACCAGUAACAAUGUUAGGAUAAGUAUGAUCAAUAAUCCCAGCCAGGAGAUAAGUUACUCGAACACUCCAAUCUUCAGAGCAAUCUGGGCAGCUCUCCAAACACAGACCUCCAACUCUGCUAAGAACUUCAUCACCAAAAUGGCCAAAGAGGAGACGGCAGAGGCCCUGGCCGCAGGAGUAGACAUCGGGGAAUUCUCUGUUGGGGGCAUGGAUGUCAGUCUUUUUAAAGAGGCCUUUGAGUCUUCCAAGAUGGAUUUCAUUUUGUCUCAUGCCCUGUACUGCAGGGACGUCCUGAAGCUGAAGAAGGGACAGAGAGUGGUGAUCAGCAACGGAAGGAUCAUUGGGCCGCUGGAGGAGAGUGAGCUCUUUAAUCAAGACGAUUUCCACCUCCUAGAAAAUAUCAUCUUGAAAACAUCGGGACAGAAAAUAAAAUCUCAUAUCCAACAGCUUCGUGUAGAAGAAGAUGUGGCAAGUGAUUUGGUAAUGAAGGUGGAUGCUCUCCUGUCAGCGCAACCCAAAGGAGAGGCAAGGAUCGACUACCAGUUCUUUGAAGACAAACACAGUGCAAUUAAACUGAAGCCCAAUGAAGGGGAGACGUACUAUGAUGUGGUAGCUGUUGUUGACCCUGUCACAAGAGAAGCACAGAGGCUCGCCCCCUUGCUCCUGGUUUUGACUCAGCUGAUUAACAUGAAUCUAAGAGUAUUUAUGAAUUGCCAAUCUAAACUUUCGGACAUGCCUUUAAAAAGCUUUUACCGUUAUGUCUUAGAACCAGAGAUUUCCUUCACAGCAGACAACAGCUUUGCUAAGGGACCAAUAGCAAAGUUUCUGGAUAUGCCACAGUCUCCGCUUUUCACUUUGAAUUUGAACACACCUGAGAGUUGGAUGGUAGAAUCUGUCAGAACACCAUAUGAUCUUGAUAAUAUUUAUCUAGAAGAGGUGGACAGUGUAGUGGCUGCUGAGUAUGAGCUGGAAUACCUGUUAUUAGAAGGUCACUGCUAUGACAUCACCACAGGCCAGCCCCCUCGAGGACUACAGUUCACGUUAGGAACUUCAGCCAACCCAACAAUUGUGGACACAAUUGUGAUGGCCAAUCUGGGAUAUUUUCAGCUCAAAGCCAACCCAGGAGCCUGGAUUCUCAGACUAAGGAAGGGGCGCUCUGAUGAUAUCUAUAGAAUCUACAGCCACGAUGGUACAGAUUCUCCUCCUGAUGCAAAUGACGUUGUUGUCAUCCUCAAUAACUUCAAAAGCAAGAUCAUCAAAGUGAAGGUUCAGAAGAAAGCAGACAUGGUUAAUGAAGACUUGUUGAGUGAUGGGACGAGUGAGAACGAAGCCGGAUUUUGGGACUCCUUCAAAUGGGGCUUUUCAGGACAGAAGACUGAGGAAGUAAAGCAAGAGAAAGAUGACAUCAUCAAUAUUUUCUCUGUUGCAUCUGGUCAUCUCUAUGAAAGAUUUCUUCGCAUAAUGAUGCUAUCAGUGCUGAAGAAUACCAAAACUCCUGUGAAAUUCUGGUUCUUGAAGAAUUAUUUGUCCCCCACAUUUAAGGAGUUUAUACCUUACAUGGCCAGCAAAUACAAUUUCCAGUAUGAACUUGUUCAGUACAAAUGGCCGCGGUGGCUUCAUCAGCAGACAGAGAAGCAGCGGAUCAUCUGGGGCUACAAGAUCCUCUUUCUGGACGUGCUUUUCCCACUGGUUGUUGACAAGUUCCUAUUUGUAGAUGCUGAUCAGAUUGUACGAACAGAUCUGAAAGAGUUAAGGGAUUUCAAUUUGGAUGGCGCCCCUUACGGCUACACGCCUUUCUGCGAUAGCAGAAGAGAAAUGGAUGGCUACCGGUUCUGGAAGUCAGGGUACUGGGCCAGUCAUUUGGCUGGUCGGAAGUAUCAUAUCAGCGCAUUGUAUGUUGUGGAUCUGAAGAAGUUUCGGAAAAUAGCUGCUGGUGACAGACUCAGGGGACAGUACCAAGGUCUGAGUCAAGAUCCCAACAGUCUUUCAAAUCUUGAUCAAGAUUUACCCAAUAACAUGAUUCAUCAGGUGCCAAUCAAAUCUCUCCCUCAAGAGUGGCUUUGGUGUGAAACGUGGUGCGAUGAUGCUUCUAAGAAGAGGGCAAAGACGAUUGACCUGUGUAAUAAUCCCAUGACUAAGGAGCCCAAACUGGAGGCUGCCGUGCGGAUCGUCCCCGAGUGGCAGGACUAUGAUCAGGAGAUCAAGCAGCUGCAGCUCCUCUUCCAGGAGGAGAAGGAGAUGGGGACCCUUCGUGAGGAGAAGACGCAGGAAGGAUCUCAGAAACAUGAAGAAUUAUGAUCUCUGGAAGAAGAUAGGAAAUCCCACCAUCUGACAGUUUUUGUACUAAAUGCUAGUUUUUUCUGAUCUGUCGAUACAACUGCUGAUAAACCGAUGGGGCAGGUGUACCACACCUAUUGAUUUAGACUACUGCACCCUAGGGGGUGCCGCAUCUUUGGGGCUAAGGCUCUGUUGGAUUUGUACCUCAGAGGAAGACAAGUGGCUGAUCUUCUGGGACUGUCUGCACACCAGAGGGAGAAAUGGUGGCAGCAACUGAGAGAAGCCACGUCCUUUGUGCCCACCCGCAAGAGCACACAUUGCUGCACUGGCUCCGAAGCUGCCAGAAAAGCCACCAUGUCCUUCCUUACCUCAGUUUACCUGCAGCCCUGCUGCACUGCAGAUGCCCACCCUGUACCAGGUCAGGUGGGCAGAUGCUUCAUCCAAGGUCCAAGCCUCAAGGUCUAUGCCAAUACACUUCUCACAUCCCGUGCCCCACAUUCUCUCCCCCGGUAUCAGGCUCACUGUGGAAUUGAGCCCAACCGAUAAUCAUGUGGCUUCAGGGUUGGCUCAGUUGCUAAGAAAUCAGUCUUCAGGAGAACUGGGGUGGUGGAAACGACAGGCAGAGGAGAGUUUUCUGGUGUCAAAGGAAGAAGACAGAAAUUGGCCAUUCUCUUCCAAUCUGUGUGGCUGAAUUUAACGGAAGCUUUAUUCUAUUACCAGUGAACUUUCUACAUAAUUGUUUUGUAAACAAUUUUUAUAUUUAUGAAAAUGUUUGCUUUUUCUUCCUACUUUCUAAAAAACGGUUGGUUCUGAAUUUCCUGGCUGGGCACAGGCGUACUGAGUCCCUCCCUCAGUGGUCCAUCUCUGUGUACUCGGCCUCCAUCUGGAUGACCACCAUGCUGUCUGCCCUUGCCCUUGUCCAGUCUUCUCUCAGACCCAGGAGACUGUCCUUGGUCUUUUCUUCCCCAGAUGCUCUCAGACCAAUGACCAGGAAUGGCUGUCUCUGGAACUCAGUUUCCUGUGCUCUGUCUUUUUCCCUUUUACUUUGGCUCUGUGGGUUGCCUUUGGCUUUUGAGACUUGCCCAAGGCCUGGUCCAGUUCUAAGGUCACUGCUGCGUUGUGUGUGUCCACAGCCACAGCCCAGUCUCACCUUGUCAGGAGCAGCCUGGGCUGUGAGCCUGGGACAUGUUGUUAACCUGGCUGUCCAGGAUUUGGGCAUCUUCAGUGAAGAGUUACAGAGUGUUGCUGGCACUGGCCUGCCUCAGUCAUGGGCUGUUCUUCCCUCUUUAACCUGCCUUUAAAAUAAGAAGGGAGCUGGGGUGUGGCUCAAGGCCCUGUGUUCCAUCCCAGCAUUGCAUCCCCACCUCAAAAAAGAAGAAGCAAAAGUGAAUAUGAUGAGUGAGUGCACAUGGAUAAGACCUUGCCCAUCUAAGCUAGGUAAUACGUGUGUUUUCAAGGAAGAAUGACCUACAGUAGCCAUAGCUGGAAUUUGAAUGGGCAGUUACUAAGUAAUAAAUAGUGAGAGACAGCAAAACAUCAUCGAAACCCACGCAGCCCGAAGAAACCCCUUAACUCAGCCAGCUAGAGUUCCCCAGUGAGCAUCUUGAGCAGAGCAGAGUGUUCCCUCAGGUAAGGCUUCCAAGUAAAAGAACAAAUAGCAAAACUAAAAAUACCAUCAUCAAAUUCGGUGCUCACAACAUCCUGCAGAAACCAGCCAGGGAAGCUGAAACAGUCAGCUGGAGUUCCCUUUCUCCAAGCUUGCAGCCUCCCUACCCACUGUGGCACUUCCAUAGCGGGGCCAAGCAGUGGCUGAGUCCUCUGACCUUGGGAAGGUGUCUGGGGAUGAAUUGCUCCCAGCUGUGUUCAAGGAUGUCAUAUUUUGACUCUUGAACUAUUGAACUGUUUUGUCAUAAAGUUAGAGGGGCUCACAUCCCCAGACAAAGAGCCUUGUGAGACACUUUGAGAUAAACAUGUCCCAUAGCCAGCUUCUUAGCUAGCACAUGACAUCAACACACUGUACAUUACAACAUGAAUGUUUAAAAUGAAAACUUCACCACACAUACAUCAAGUAAUAAAUUUCCUCCCCAUUUUCGAGUCCUAAAGUUAACUUAGAGCCAGCCUCCGUUCAGGCUUCAUGUCCACAUGCAUUAAGCUUUCAGGGAUACCACUGCUGCCGUCCUCAACUGUAGGCAGAAACAGUGUUCCCAGUGUCCUGGGAGCCUGUGAUGAGCAGGAAAUAGUCAGGUUACAGGGAUGUGCUUUUAAAUGUUGGUCCUAGUGGCCAGUUUCCUUUUUUCCAGACAGGGUUUCUCUGUGUAGUCCUGGCUGUCCUGGAACUCACUCUGUAGACCAGGCUAGCCUCAAACUCACAGAGAUGCGCCACCACUGCCUGGCCAGUUUCCUUCUUUCUACCAAGUCAUUAGUGCAUCCUCUGUGGAAAAGGAAGGUGCAGAUCAUGCCCUCUGUGAUCCUUCGGCCCUCGUGUGUCACCUCCCUGACGUAAGUCACAUUAAUAGUUGAUGCUGGGUAGGUAGGUCAGACCCAGCUUGCUUCUGAAGUUGUCCAAGCCUGUCCUUUGUCAGCUUGGUCCUUGCUUUCUGUGGAUUGAUCAUCUCUACAAAUGAAGCAAAAGCCCCAUAAGUGAUGCUACUAUUAAGUGCCCCAGGAAGGGUGUCUCUGUUGGUUUCAUCAGAUAUCUCCACCAUGAAAAAAGCAUACUGUAACUGAAAAGAGAGGUGAAAUAUUUUCCAAGAAGCAGGAAAAAACUGAUCACACAGAUUGUCCAAGCUUCUGGAAAGUUCACUGUUGUUCUUGGCAUGGGUAUAUAUAAUUUUUUGUUUGUUUGUUUGUUUAUUGGUUGGUUGGUUUUUGUUUUUGUUUUUAACCUCUUGUCAUAUAGUAGUAGAAAGAUUCUUUUCUGAACCAGUAGGGUCGUGUGAACUGUGACAUGUCAGAAUUAGAUGCACCAGUGUGAGUCAGUCUCUGUUCUGUGGAAAGUGGCGCUUGCUGGGCAUCUGGAGCUUUCAGGCACAGCUUUCCAGCAUCCUGGGUUUAGUCAGAAGUUGAGAGGGAUGGUGUGUUGGUUUCAUAAGGUAGUUGACAUUGAUAGUCUGGCAGAAGCUACGUUUCCGAUUGAACAUGUUUUGUCUCCAGGUACACGUGCAUUGUGCUGGGCCUAUCUGGUCAGAAGCAGGCUCCAUGGCAGAGCUGGAUUUCCUCUGCUCGCCUGGAAACUUUAUGUUCUGAACCUUGGUAAGGCUCUGCCUGAUGUAUGUUACCUGGUUUUAGGCUGAGUCCAUGAAUGAUGCACCGUAGUAAAGAGCCCGGUUGUAAAGAAGGGAGAAGAAAACAGGAAGUAAACUUGACAGUAAUUUAGACCGGGUCAGGCAGCCCUCACAUGGUCAGGAGUGCGACGUCACUCCUCUUGUCCCUGUCUCCUCCAUGACUAAAUCUUUUUCUGAAAUUGUUCUUCUUAGACCUGCAUGAUUAAAAGACAUGAUUUGCCUGAGGAGUUGAGAGGGAGCUCUGAUCCACUUUGCUGGAUAGAUUUCACGAAAAGCUGUCCAGUGGGAAAUGUCCUGGUGAUAUGGAUUAUGAUUUAUGCACAAUUCCUAAAUGUGACUUUCAGGGCUCCGUCUUUUUAGUGAGUUGUUGCACACUUGACUUUCUGGGACUAUUGUGUGAUGACCAGCCGAUCCAAUGGCUCAUCAUGUUUCUUGUUUAGAAAGCAUUUUUUGUUGUUGAAUUUCAUGAGCUCCUGUUUUCUCUGCCUUAAGGUAACGGAGAAAGUCUUAAUGAGGACUUCUCACAUGCCGGAUGAGUUCAAGCACAUUAAACAUUGUCACUCAGGAAGUUACUGAAAUGUCCAACUGUCUGGAAGGUUCUUUCUCGUUUCCCAUUCAUUGCUGGUAUUUUGUCUUUCCAUGUAACAGCAGAAAGGGCCCUUCUGUGUUCCAUAGGAGUGGUGAGUCUGUGAACUGGGUAGGGACUCUCCUUGCGUGUCACUGAGGGCAGCAUGUGAUAGAGUCAGCGCCAAGCAUCAGCAUGCUACAGGGAAGUCCAGGACGUUGGGGACAGAAAGCAGGAGAUCCCUCCUGAGUCUCCUGGGUCCCCAGCAGUGUGGAGGGCUGUGACUCCAGGUCCCCAGCAGUGUAGAGGGCUGUGACUCCUGGGUCCCCAGCAGUGUGGAGGGCUGUGACUCCAGGUCCCCAGCAGUGUAGAGGGCUGUGACUCCUGGGUCCCCAGCAGUGUAGAGGACUGUGACUCCUGGGUCCCCAGCAGUGUAGGGGGCUGUGACUCCUGGGUCCCCAGCAGUGUAGGGGGCUGUGACUCCUGGGUCCCCAGCAGUGUAGGGGGCUGUGACUCCUGGGUCCCCAGCAGUGUAGGGGGCUGUGACUCCUGGGUCCCCAGCAGUGUGGAGGGCUGUGACUCCUGGGUCCCCAGCAGUGUGGAGGCUGUGACUCCUGGGCAGGGCUUGGAGCCAUGCUCCCCCCCCCCCCCCCCCAUGCUCUCUGCGCUGCCUUACUUGUCCCCGUUGAGCUCAGCCGAGGAACGGGCACCGUUCCCUUAACCAGAUGCACUACCUGAAGGUUGGCACUUUGGAACAAAAGACCACCAAGCACUCUGUUUUCCAGCCAGAAAUGGGAAAAUGGAGACAAAGCUUCGGUUUUUAAAGAAACCGUGUCCUCCUUUUCCAUUCAAGCCAACACCUCGCAUGGUGUGAGGUUAAUGUCCGUGAAUGUCUUUAGUCCAAAGGAAUGCUGGUGUUACCAUGAGAGUAAGCUCUGCUCAACACAAUAAACUUCUCCUCUCUUUA